ACACCGUAGUAGGUUUUACAAUUUUCCAAGUGUUAUCAUAAGCGCGGUGAGAGUCAGUUUCAAACUUCUCUCAAUGGGGCGUCGCGACGCCAUUCGCUCGGAGUAUAACAAUUUCCAACUGCACCGGAAAUGCCCGGAGCCGAGUUGCAUCAUGAGAGCCGUUUCUGUUUGCUUUGCACCAUGAACUCCAAUAACCUGUUGGUCCAAUUAUUAUUGAAAUUGCACUACUGGGGAGAAGUUGUUUUUUAAGUUCUGGGACCUAUCUUUGGUAAACCAUUCGUAGCAAAACAGUCAAACCGGAAGGAUGACAACGUGUCGUCUGUGCCUCCAGGAUUUGGAUCACUUGGUGGAUGGAAAUGGAUACACCAUACAUAAAAUACAGAAUCAAAUCAGUGCCGUGUUCAAGUUUGAGAUAAUUACCGAUCCACGAUUAUCCGAAGCAGUUUGUUCCUGUUGUAUUGCCUUGAUUGAACAAUUCUACAAUUAUGUUGAAAACGUGCACCAAAAUCAGCUGCAGCUUUAUGCGCAGUUGAACAAGAAUUGUCUGCUAGCUUCCUCUGAAACUACGGAACGAAACUCUAUUGAUGUUAAAGACGGGGGUUCCGAAUCACCACCACCACCUCCAGGAACACCGGAUGGACCGUCAUCUUCGUCUUCCUCGGAAAAUCGUCAUGGAACUCAAGCAUCGGAGUCCCCAAAAGUGGAAGAACAAACGAAAGGAAAAGCUUCGGUCACCAACAAGAGUCGAUUUCAGAAAAACCUCAUCAGUCGACAUUUGAACAUGAGCUGUGACAUUUGCAAGCAAGACAUGUAUACGUACACGAAGUUGGAGAGUCACUUCAAAAAGUGUCACGGAGGCAGGUGCUACAUCAUAUGCUGUGCCCAGAAGCUGACUACGGAAAACAUGAUCGCUCAACAUCUGGAGAAGCACAUGGUUCGAAGCAAUCUCAACAGUGCGAUGCAGCAGACAUCGAACUGGAAACUGAGGGUGUUCAAGGUCUUCGGUUCGAUAUUGGAGGACUUUGAAGAAGCUUUGGGCGAUUACGAACCGCUGCCAAACAUGGAGCUGGCACUUGAAGGAGAUUCAGCUGAGCAGCAAAAGUUGUACGAUGUUCAAGAUUUCUUGGUUAAGAAGUACUUCCAGCUGAAUUGUGAACUGUGUGACAGCGAACUUGUUGAUCAGGAUGAGCGAAGGCGUCAUUUCCGGCAGCAACAUCCGAAGGAGAAAUAUUUUGUUUCCUGUUGUGGUGAAAGAUUUUCGCAGCGGAUAAGUAUAAUGAGACAUUUGAACAAACACUGGAAGAUGGUUGACAAGGUGGCUCAAGAACAUACCUAUGCCAAGAUUUGUCGCCAGGAGUCCGAAGAUGUACUCCAAAUGAAAGGUGAUUGGAAGCAAAAAUUACGCUCGACCUAUCAUCCGUUGAUGUAUGACUUCCGAGAAGACUUAAUCGAAGGAGGUUAUUCUCCCCCUACCAAGGUCCCUUAUGCUAAGUUCAACGAAAUGCAGAAACAACUUUUUCAAAUGCAGGACUUCCUGAUAGCUAAACAUUGUCCGCUGAAGUGUGAUCUCUGUGGGAUAGAGAUAUCCACCUACAUCGGUCGACGAGAGCACUUUCGAAUAGGUCAUCCAAACCAAUCUCUAUACGUUCAGUGUUGUGGAAAGAAAAUCUCUACCAGAUAUCGAAUAAUACUACACCUGGUACGUCAUAGGGAAGGAUUACCGAGUGCAACUGCGGAGAAAUUUGCGCCUAGAGAUAUACCCAACAAAGCAGAUCAGGACGAGGCUCUUAUCGAGAAAUUCUUCCAAAUGGAUUGCGAAUUAUGUGAUUACGGAGGAUCUUCCUACACAGAUCUUAAAGACCACUUCAAGGAGCACCACCGCAAUGAGAAAUUCUUCAUCACCUGUUGCAACCGUCAGUUAACCAGCAAACACCACAUCAUGGAGCACAUAGCAUUUCACCAGAAGCCGGGAACCAUAAAAUGUGAUCACUGUGAGGCGACAUUCUUCAGCGAGCGAUGCUGCAUUGCGCACAUCAAACGGAAGCACGGCACCAAGGAGGAGAAACUCUUCCAGUGUCCACACUGUCCGGAAGUUUUUGACUCCCGAAACCAUCUGGUGCUGCACAGUUACAAACACGAAAUGGCCCGAUGUGAUAUUUGCGGUGUGGAAAUGAAUGCUCGGCAGCUAAGGGUGCACCGGAUUAAUGUUCACAAGUUGGGUGAGGAAGUGGUUUGUAACAUGUGCGCCAAAGUGUUUCACUCUAAGCCAGCUUACAAUCGGCACUAUCGGGUGGUUCAUUUGGGUAUCAAAAAGAAGAGCAAAAAGAAAUGCAAAGCUCAGAAACGGAGUCUUUCGCCCAAGUAUGACGGAUCCGAGUUAGGGUUGAGCUCCAAUGAUUCCAUUAUUCCCGAUACGAUGGCUGUGCAAUUUUUAAAUGGUUGAUAGUAUAAUAGUUUAAAUAUUUUUAUUUCCUUAGAUGGACUUAAGGAAAGAGAAUGGUAGCUCCAGAAUAACAACAAAACCGAAAUUUCAUUUACCGGAAGAACCAUUUAUCGGACUACUAUUUACCAGCACUAUUUACCGAAAUUUCAUUUUCCCGACUAUGUAUACCAUUUAUUGGGAAACCAUACAUACCAGACUAUUCCAUUUACCGGAAAUCCGUUUCAGAAACUACUAUUUACCAGAUUUUAGCAGUUCCAAUAAAAGGAAUUCCAUCAAAUAGAUACAACCAAUCCAGUGAUAUUGACUGGGGUAAGUUGACAUUUCUCGUAAAUUUUCAGAAUA